ACAAACAGAAUGUGAAAUGUUGCGAUACAUUUUUCGUUCAAAACUAUUAUGGAACCAUCGUUAUGUUCACGGUAUGCAAAAAAUUAACCAAAGAAAAUCAUUCAUAGACGAUUUAUUUUCCAAGGUAAAUUCUGAUGAAGCUGAAGCACAAUUUUCUACAAAUAAAAGAGAUAAUUCAUCCCCCAAUGCAAAUGCAGAUGAGGGUGGAACAAGGAUACAAUUAACUCGAAUAAAAACAGAUAAUUUAUCUUCCAAUUGUAAUGAGGAUGGAGCCGAAAUACAAUUACCUCCAAACAAAAUGUGGCUUUUAGAUAAAGGACCACCAACAAAAGCUAUGAUAACGCGCGAAGAAGGGGUGCAGACGUUAAAAGAGAUGACUUUUUACCGUGAACUAGAAUCAGAAAUUCUAAAAUUGUAUCAAAAAAAAUUAAUUCGAGGUUAUUGUCAUUUGUAUAAUGGGCAAGAGGCAGUUUGCAGUGGAUGUGUAAAAGCAUUACGUGAAGGUGAUAAAGUUAUAACAGCAUAUCGUUGUCAUAUGUGGGUGUGUAAAUUAGGAACACCACCACUAGACAUGGUUGCUGAAUGUUUGCAAAAAGAAACUGGUAAUGUAAAGGGACGUGGUGGUUCUAUGCAUAUGUAUAAUGAGAAAUUGUUUGGUGGGAAUGGAAUUGUGGGUGCACAUGUUCCUUUAGGAACUGGAAUUGCAUUUGCCAUGAAAACAAGAAACGAAAAAAAUGUUUGCGUAACAGUAUUCGGUGAUGGUGCAGCCAAUCAAGGACAAGUAUUUGAAGCAUUGAAUUUAGCUGCGUUACAUAAAUUACCAAUUAUUUACUUAAUCGAAAAUAACCAAUAUGGUAUGGGCACAAGCAUAAGUCGUUCAUCAGCAACAUCUGAAUAUUUUCGGCGCAUUGAUUUUGUCCCCGGAAUAUGGGUAGAUGGAAUGAACUACAUUGGAGUGCGUGAAUGUAUGAAAUUUGCAAUUAACCAUGCACAAGAGCAUGGUCCAAUCAUAGUUGAAGCAAAUACAUAUCGCUACAUGGGUCAUUCUGUAUCUGAUCCUGGUAUCAAAUAUCGUAGUCGUCAAGAAAUUGAUCAUGUACGUGAUACAGUAGAUCCUAUCAAAACCCUGUCGGAUAUUUUAAUCAAAGCUAACUUUUUAACACCGGAUGACCGUAAAUCAAUUACAGAAGAACAACGUAAAAUUGUGAAAGAAAUUUCUGAUAAAGCUAAUGCUGAUAAAAUGCCAUCUUUAAAUGAGCUUUGUAAAAAUAUUUAUGCAAAGCCUAUUGAAACGACAGUUCGUGGUACAAACGCAUUUGAUUGUCAUGAUGGACAAGCUUAUUUAUCGUUAUUGAUACAAAGUAAACGGGAAAUGUAAAUUUACUUUACUUGUAAAACAGCGCACUAAAUAGUUAAAACUUUUUAAUAAAUUUGUCUCUAAAUAUUGACUUUCUUAAGUAGCUUCUG